AUGGACAAUGUGCCACAGAAGCGCCCGGAGCAGCCUGAUGGCAACAAUCAUGCAUCACCAUCCCCUGCGAUAACUCUGCCCAACCGUCCGCGCACUACCGUCGACAAGCAGGAUCUGAAUGUGACGAGUAAUGGCCGGCGCGAACUUUCGGCUUCCCACGCGGUAAACGCCCGCUCCGCCUCCGCAGCUCACGAUCAGGAUGAAGACGACGACGAUUAUACAUCCUCCUCUGGCUCGUCUUUGUCCUCUUCUGAUGAUGAAGAAGACGAUGAUGCUAAGAGCGAAUCUGCCGGCUUAGAUGGAGACAACGAGGGGAUUACUUCCUUACCGGCGCGCCGAAAACCGAACAUCCGUCGCAUUGAGCAGGAGCCUGGUCUUCUCGGCAGGUUAUCUGCGUUUCUGCCGCAGAUGAAGUCUGCCAAUGAGGAUCUUGAGCGGGAGAUAGCUGCUGGGCGGGGGAAGGAUAUACAGCUUGAUGAUGGGGAUGAGGAUGAGGAGAAUGACAGCCAGCGCGAGGGUCAGUAUAUUGAGAUGAAUCUCGGGCUCGGCGUUUUGGAAGAAAAGCGGCCGGGUGAUGAAGAGGACAAGGAGGCUCCUGGUUCCCACGGGCCGACCGGUAACACAGAUUUGAUGGAUCGCUUGAUGGGCAAGGAGAAGAAAAAUUCGUCAGACAAGCCGUCAAUCCAGGAUCUCGGCGAAUAA